AGCGUUCGCACCAGCGAGGCAGCGGCCGGGCGGCGGCGGCGGCCGCGGGCAGGACGGAGCGGGCAGGGCGGCCAGGAGAGGCAGCGUCCCUCCGCGCACGGCGAGCCGGCGGGAGAGCGCGAUCCCGCUGCGGAGCCCCGACGCUGCCCUGCCCCGGAUUUCAGUGCGCGGCGUGGGGCUCGGCGAGCGGAAUUCCGGCGGCGGCCGCGACUCCGGUGCAAGGUGAGGGAGCAUGAACGGCCUUGAAUGCGCCCCUGGGCAUAUUUAGCCAUUCGCUUUUCAUUAGGAGAAAGAAGACGGCCAUCCGCUUGAGAGGCAAAGCUCCAGUGACCAAAGAGCUAUAGAUCUUCUGAAUUUUGAGAGCAGUGAAAUAGGAGCAUAGCAGAGAGCGUAUGAAAGACAGCACGGUCCAUGCUGUGUGAUCCCAUGUCUCGUGACGUUCUGGACAAGGCUGGAGGACAAGGGCAGAGGACGGAACAGUGGUCGUGAGCGGGCAGGGAGGAUGGACUUACAAAGGGCAAGAGGAGCUCUUUGGAAUAAAUGAAAUGUUCUGUAUCUUGACGGUGGAGCUGAUUACAUGACUCUGUGGUUUGGACAAAAGUCAGAGAGCUCUGCCCUGAAAAAGGUUGGAAGGAAGAUUGAUGCAGACAAAAGCAACAUGAUUCAGGGACAUCACUGAGAUCUUUGGGGACUGCACAGAAGCGUCUGGUUGGGAACGUCAUGAAGGAAGGGGCAAGACCCUGCCCAAGGAAGCGUACGUGAGAAUAACGGAGAAGGAGCCCGUCGAUAUACGCAGUACAGCCGCUGUUGGAGUAGAUGCCCGCUGAGUACUUGGCAUUGCACACCAGAAGAAUUAGCCCUGAUGGAAAUGAUUCAUUCCCUCUUUCAAGAAUUAAUCAUCAACAAAGGAAACACAGAGCUGCUGUCCAGAAUGGUCACAAGUGCACAGUUAGAGGUUUCUGCGUGCACGUUAGUAAAGGUCAUCCGCCAGGACGGGCGUUUUUAUUGGACACUCUGCUCAGAACAACUUGGGAAAGUUUGAUGUUCUCAUCAGAAGUCUGAUUUGACCUCUCCCCAAUGUUCACAUAGGGAAAGAGGCUGAAUUCAAUGGACUGUAGACCAGAAUUGCAGUUGUGGCCAUGAAUUUAAUAGACUCCCAUACUUGUAUUAGUAGACCCAGCAGUUGCCGUUAUGUCUUGCAGACAGGUUCUGUGGUGGGCACUGUGUGUGUGUUCUCUCUAGUCUACAUAACUUCUCUCCGCACUGUGUGUCAUUGUCCUUCUCUUCCAGGCCUGGAAACUGAGUUCUGGAAGGAUUCAGUAACGGACAAACACCACUCCGCGGGUACACAGCAGAGGUGUCGUUCAAGCCUGUCUGUCCAGCCCGAGUCAAACCUCCUCCACUGUUCAUGGUUUUUUGAAAGUCUUCCACGCCAAGUGACCAGCCUAGAGGGCUCUUGCUAGCCGGUGAUGGAAAUGUGCUGGAGCAAUGGGAGAAGCUGGUAACUUCUAGGAAGCCAAGAUGACAAGAAUUGUUUUAAAUAAUCAAAGGAAGACGGCCGGGGCGCCAUGAGGUGAGUGCGCGCCGGCGCCCAGAGCCCCCGAGAGCGGUGUGCGGGCUGCGGGAGCGGCCCCGCGCGUCUGGCCACGCACGUCCCCGGCAUGAGGCCGGGCAGCAUGGGCGCGCCGCCGCGGGACCGCUGACCCCCGCCCGCCGGGACCAUGAAGGAGGUGACAUACUGGUCCCCCAAGAAGGUGGCAGACUGGCUGCUGGAGCACGCCAUGCCCGAGUACUGUGAGCCCCUGGAGCACUUCACGGGCCGGGACCUGAUCGGCCUGACCCGGGAGGACUUCGCACGGCCGCCCCUGUGCCGCGUGUCGGCCGACAGCGGGCAGCGGCUCCUGGACAUGAUCGAGACCCUGAAGGUGGAACAGCACAUGGAGGCGCACAAGAACGGCCACGCCAAUGGGCACCUGGGCGCAGGUGCGGCCGGCCCUGGCCCCGGCCCCACGGGCGGCUUUGGCCUGCAGGCCAAGCCCAACGGGGUGCCCAACGGCUACAGGAAGGAGAUGAUCAAGAUCCCUAUGCCGGAGCCCGAGCGCUCCCAGUACCCCAUGGAGUGGGGCAAGACGUGCCUGGCCUUCCUGUACGCACUGUCCUGCUUCGUCCUCACCACAGUGAUGAUCUCGGUCGUCCACGAGCGAGUGCCUCCCAAGGAGGUGCAGCCCCCGCUGCCGGACACGUUCUUUGACCAUUUUAACCGGGUGCAGUGGGCCUUUUCUAUCUGUGAAAUUAACGGCAUGAUCCUCGUAGGACUCUGGUUAAUUCAGUGGCUGCUCUUAAAAUACAAGUCUAUUAUCAGCAGAAGAUUCUUCUGCAUAGUCGGCACACUGUACCUGUACCGCUGUGUCACCAUGUAUGUGACCACCCUCCCAGUGCCCGGCAUGCAUUUCAACUGCUCUCCGAAGCUUUUUGGAGACUGGGAAGCCCAACUGCGGAGAAUAAUGAAGCUCAUCGCUGGCGGUGGCCUGUCCAUCACUGGUUCUCACAACAUGUGCGGGGACUAUCUGUACAGCGGCCACACGGUCAUGCUCACACUCACCUACUUAUUUAUCAAAGAGUAUUCCCCUCGACGACUCUGGUGGUACCACUGGAUCUGCUGGCUGCUCAGCGUGGUUGGGAUCUUCUGCAUCCUCUUGGCGCAUGACCACUACACUGUGGACGUGGUGGUGGCCUACUACAUCACCACGAGACUCUUCUGGUGGUACCACACGAUGGCCAAUCAGCAAGUGCUAAAAGAAGCUUCCCAGAUGAACCUCCUGGCUAGGGUGUGGUGGUACAGGCCGUUUCAGUACUUUGAAAAGAAUGUCCAAGGAAUCGUACCUCGCUCUUACCACUGGCCCUUCCCCUGGCCAGUCGUCCACCUCGGCAGACAAGUGAAAUACAGCCGCUUGGUGAAUGACACAUAACAGCCGCGCAAGGCCGGGGAGCGAGGAGCUGUCCGAAGUGCUAAGAACUCCGUGAGAGAAGAUGCCAUAAACAAACACCUCCCUGAUCCUGUUCUCUUUCAAAAGUUACCUUGACUUAACCUAUUGAGUUACCUGGUCAGCACUGUGAUCUUUUUUUCUCUCCAAAGGACCUGCGUUGGACAACAAUAAAGAAAAUUUAACCUAUCAUGCACUGUACACAUUUUCCUGUUCAUAAGUUUGGGAUUUCCAUAACCUGCGACCACCAUGUUCCUUUGUAUAUGAUGCAACAGCAUAAAUGUAAGCUUUUAUAUCAUCAGUUCUGGUCUUUCCAGGCACAUCUGGAAAUAAAGCGUAUUAUUUUCUUGGGAAAACAUACUUUUCAUAUCUCUUGCCCCAAAGAUUGGGCUGUAAGCCAUUUUCUAGCAAAUGUCUCUAUGAAGGUUUCUAAGUACCUGAAUGGGGUUCGAUUCUGAAAUCUUUCUACCUGUUGCACCGAUAUUCAAAUAAAAAUGACAGACACAGAAAGGUUUGGUCACUUUGGGUUUUGUAAAAAUCAGCAGAGAGAGUGUGUCAAAAAGUGCAAAAAAAAGAUUCUGUUAUAAAGUGAUUUUCUAAGUAUUUCCUAACUUUAUUUUUCAAAAUAAUGUUAUGAAAACCAAAUUUAAAGAUUUUUACAUGUUGGAGAGAAAAGAGUUAAAAUUUAAAAAUGCUUCUUGGGAGAGAAAUUUGUCUAUGUUUCUAGUGCCUUUCUUGUCUUGAUUGUAUGGUCAGUAGGCAAUCUUAAAUGUUUUUAUUUAAAAUAAAUAUUCCAUGGAAAUAUAAAUGUAUGUAUACACUACUAAAUUUUGCAUUUAUAGCUAAAUUAAAUCAGAAGACUGCUUAUGGUUUUUAAAUCGCUGUGAAUUAAAGAAAGGGGGAGUUAAUCAGAAAGUCAGAACCUGUUCCCAUAUUGUGAGCAGGUAGCAAUGACACGUACCACUUAAAUUAUUUUAUCACCUAUUUGGUAGUUCGAUUUUAACUAUACAGUGAAAAUAGCCAUGAAUACUUUGUUUUUAAAAAGAGAGUUUUGAAAAUGAUCACUUAACUAAAAAACGUGAAAGCUCUAAAUUAGUUAUCCAUACUUUCAUGACAAUUUUGUUGGUGAACAACAAAACAGAGAUCUAUUUCUUUAAAAUAUAUUUGUGCAGAAACUGCAUGUAACUCUAAGUUUUACUCCUAACAUGAGUAUGUUUGGGGAAGUAUUCUCUUCUAUACUUGCCAAUGUGGAGAACAAAAUAGUUUUUUAAGAAUGAAGAAGUAUAUAUAUCCAUUCUGUAUUUUACGCAGCAGAAUUAUCUUCCGUAGGGUUUUUUUGUGUAUUCACAAGGUGAUAUUUGUAUUGUAAAACAAUAAUGGUGAAGGAAAUAAAAAGGCUUUUAAAAUUUU